GGGGCCGCGCGCGGAGGCGGGGCCCUGGGGACACGUCUGGCAGCGGAGCCCCGAGAGACGCAACCUGACAGAAACACGAGCCUCUCAACCAUCUGGAACUCAGAAACUCAUUCAGGGUUGACUGUGGCUUCUUGGAUGUCCAGGUGUUCUGCAGAUGUGAGAAUUUGCCCUGCCCGCACCAGCUGGAGUCCCGAACAGAUGCAAGACGGGCGCUUCCACUCUUGACAGCCCUGAACACAGAGAGGUCACCGUCUAAGUGGCCAAGGGCGGUUGUUGGCACGUGUGACUGCUGCUCACAGCUGGUCAUCUUACACAGCUGCAGCGAGGGAUGCCAAAUUCAGGGUUGCAAGCUUCCUGACUCUCCUGAAUUAGGAUUCCAGAUGGGGGCCUCAUUUCUGUAGCCCCCACCAUCCCCAUAGCCACUACCACCAGCAUCGCUGCCACCACCACCUCCUCCUUGCAAACUCCACCGCCGUGUCCAGGGACAUCCUGCACAGAAGUGAGCAGACUUGCCAGUGGUGGCCACCCCUACUGCAGACAAGUGGAAUCACCCACUCAGCACCAUGGACUGGCUUUUUCUAAAGGUUUUGUUGGUGGGCUUGAGUUCCUUGGGAUGUCUUUAUCCUCUGGUGGAUUUUGGCUCCCAUGGGGAAACAGAAGGCCAGAAACCAAAUUUCGUGAUCAUUUUGGCAGAUGACAUGGGGUGGGGUGACCUGGGAGCAAACUGGGCAGAAACAAAGGACACUGCCAACCUGGAUAAGAUGGCCACAGAAGGAAUGAGAUUUGUGGAUUUCCACGCAGCUGCCUCCACUUGCUCGCCCUCUCGUGCCUCCCUGCUCACCGGCCGGCUUGGCCUUCGGAACGGAGUCACCCACAACUUUGCGGUCACCUCCGUGGGGGGCCUGCCACUCAAUGAGACCACCUUGGCCGAGGUGCUGCAGCAGGCUGGCUACAUCACCGGGAUGAUAGGUAAAUGGCAUCUCGGGCACCAUGGCGCUCAUCACCCCAACUUUCGUGGUUUUGAUUACUACUUUGGAAUUCCAUACAGCCAUGAUAUGGGCUGCACCGAUACUCCAGGCUACAACCACCCUCCCUGCCCAGCGUGUCCACGGGGCACUGGACCAUCAAGGAGCCCCAGGAGGGACUGUUACACCGACGUGGGCCUCCCUCUGUACGAAAACCUCAACAUCGUGGAGCAGCCUGUGAACCUGAGUGGCCUCGCCCAGAAGUACACCGAGAAAGCUACCCAGUUCAUCCAGCAUGCCAGCGCCAGCGGAAGGCCCUUCCUGCUGUACAUGGGCUUGGCCCACAUGCACGUGCCCUUGUCCAAGACCCAGCAGCGGUCAGCAGACCCCCGGGGUGCCACGCCCUACCGUGCAAGUCUCCGGGAGAUGGACACCCUGGUCAGCCAGAUCAAGGACAAAGUUGACCACAUAGCAAAAGGAAACACCUUCCUCUGGUUCGCAGGAGACAAUGGCCCCUGGGCACAGAAGUGUGAGCUGGCGGGCAGCGUGGGCCCCUUCUCUGGAUCAUGGCAAACUCAUCAAGGGGGAAGUUCAGCCAAGCAGACCACCUGGGAAGGCGGGCACCGGGUCCCAGCUCUGGCUUACUGGCCUGGCAAGGUCCCCAGCAAUGUCACCAGCACCGCCCUCUUAAGUGUGCUGGACAUCUUCCCCACGGUGCUGGCCCUGGCUGGGGCUGCCUUGCCCCCGGGACGGAGCUUUGAUGGCCUGGAUGCUUCUGCUGUGCUCCUUGGGAAGUCACAGGCUGGGCACCGGGUGCUGUUUCACCCCAACAGCGGGGCGGCCGGGCAGUAUGGAGCACUCCAGACUGUCCGCCUUGAGCGCUACAAGGCCUUCUACAUCACUGGUGGAGCCAAAGCCUGUGAUGGGAGCACUGGACCCGAGCAGCUCCAGGACCCUCCCCUGAUCUUUAAUCUAGAAGACGAUGGUGCAGAAGCGGUGCCUCUGGACAGAGAUGGCGCCGAAUACCAGCAGGUGCUGCCCAGGGUCAGACAGGCUCUCGCAGAUGUCCUGCGAGACAUCGCCAGUGACCGCACCUCCAGGGCCGAUUACGCCCGGGACCCUUCAGUGACUCCCUGCUGCAACCCCCACCGAGUUGCCUGCCGCUGCCAAGCCAGCCCCUAGCCACGCAGAAACAUCGGGAGAUGAAGUGGGGCAAGUUCACGCGACAACCUCGGUUUUACCCUCUCUGUAGCUGUACGUGCCUUAAAAACAAGUCACAGGAUUUGGUUUUGAAGCCUCAUUCCUUUGCGUCCCGUCGGCACACCGGCAGUGGGGCAGCUCCUGGGCUUUGGGGUGAGACCAGGUGCAAGCCCCAGCUUUUGAAUUUGGGGGAUUAUUUAAGCCUUCUCGCAAGCUGGUGCUGAGGACCCGUAGGCAGUCCAUGCAAGUGCCUGGCACGGACUGUGUUUUGGUGUUGUGCCCCCAGUUUUGUGGGUCCUGUCACCACAGGCUCAUCCUAACUGGUGUCCAGAGGGCACUUCUCCAUACGGACUAUGCCCUGGGCCCACGGGGUCUGGUGCCAGAGCAGAGUGGGAUUCAGUAGGUCUGGGCUGGGGUCUGAGAUCUGUUUCUCCAAUUCUGUUGAGUGCCAAGUGGCAUAGGUGUAGACUGCACAAAAUGAAGCCUGUCACGAAGUCUGAGAAGAGCCUGCAAAUAAGCCCACGGUCCUCGCUGCUUCUCCCUAAGCCCCUUAAAAAAAACCGUAUUAUUUUUUAUUGAGUUAAUGUGAGUCUAUAACACUGUUUAUGAUUCAGGAGUACAGGUCCGCACCUCUUCAGACGUAUGUUCCCACACCACCUCCUUGAAAGGACAAAUGACUGAGUUGCAGAGAUUUUAGGAGUUCUCCCUGCUUCCUAACACCGAGAAGAAAUAAAAUGUUCAAAAAAUAUAUAGACAUGCAUUGCCAUCAUUUUAUUAUUAGUGUCCUAGAUGGGACUCAAAGGUAAUAAAUGAUUUGUUCCGA